AGUGAGAGCGUGAGAGAGAGAGGCAGGGAGAGAAAGAGAUACACUGCUUAAAACAAACAAUAUCAUUCAUAUGCUAACAGUAGAGCACUGAUCACUGCGGUGCUUCCUGUUUUAAAGUCCCUGAUCCAGUCUGUCUUCAGCGUCACACUGACAGGACACAAUGGAGUAUUCCUUGUAUUUUGUGGGUCUGUUCUUAAUGACUGUAGGAGCUGCUGACACAGAACCUACUGCUAGUUCUCUUGAUUUUCACAUCACUGUGCACCUCUCCAUAUCGGCCACGACACCUGUCAUCCACAAUUACAGUAUGUCGGUGUUGUGCAAUGACAGAGUCUAUAAGACUUACAGAGAUGGGAAAGUUAUUCGUCCUGACUGGGUGACAGACAAUACGUCUGAUAGCUUUGUUGUGACGGUCGAUUCGAUCACAGAAAAAGAGAAAGAUGAAUUUAUCAGGAUACUGCAAGUCAUGACGCACAAUCAGUCUAAUUCAGGCAUUCAUGUCAUUCAGAUAAGAAUGGGCUGUGAGUUUCAGAACGACUCCAUUUCCGCAGUCAUGAAAUAUAGCUACGACGGCGAGGAUCUGAUCUCCUUUGAUGUGUCUGCUGCACAGUGGGUGCCUGAAAAGAAAGAGGUGACCGCCAUCGUAGAGCAAAAGAAUACUGAAACUUUUUACAAUGUUUCGACAUCGGUGAUCUUUGGUUUCCUGUGUGGGAUUAUGAAGGAAACAGGGGAAUGUCCAGAUGAUAUCAUACAGAACCCUGAUAUUAGUGCAUUUAUACAGAAUAGCUAUAAACCACACAGGCUGCUCCUGACCUGCAUGGCCACUGGUUUCUUUCCCAAAAACAUAACCAUGAACAUCAGAAAGAAUCAAACUCAACUGCCUUCUGAAGAACUGAGGUCUUUAGGAGUCAGACCAAACAAUGAUGGAACCUACCAGCUGAGGAAGAGUGUGGAGAUCCCUGACUCUGAUGAAAAAGAUUAUGACUGUUAUGUGGAUCACAUAACCCUGAAAGAACCAGUCACACUGGGAUUCAAAUAUUUGCGGGAUUCUGACCCACCAAGGCCUUCACAGUGAACAGUGUUGAUGUUCUGUGGAUUGGGUCUGUCACAGCAAGUCUCUCACAGCUGCACAUCCUCAGACACACUGAUGUUAAUGUAGUGUUACUGAUAUGUGUGUAUGUUGCUUUUAUGCCCUUAGGCCAUUAAUAAGGUGUGUUGUGUAGCUCUUACCUUAGACACUCUCAGCACAUACACUCAACACAUGUAAUCUCUAUUCACAGACCUACAUGAAUCCAUGUUGUUCUAAUAAAUGUGGAUUCUCUGGA